AUGGUUGAAAGGAACGUAGAGGAUGAAGGGAUAAAACAAAGGAGGAAUGUAAAUGAGGAGGAGAAUAAGAAGGGAAAAUGUAAUAUCAAUUUAGUGCGGAAAGAGUUGGAGCAGGAGAAGGAAAAGUAUGACUGCACUUUGGUGGAGAACGCGGAGGAGGGUUUUAAAAAAAGAUAUACGAAGAAAAAAAAAAAAAAAAAAAAAAAUUGUUUCUUAUUUUUUAUAAAUAAGAAUAUAUGGAAUAAUGAAAGUUGUGGGGAGGGCAUUUUAUCCUUUAUUAUUUUCCUAUUCAUUUUUUAUAUUGUACAGAGGAGGUUUUACAGGAAGAGUGAGGAAUGUAGAAGUGUCCGUAAGAAUGAACCCACCAAUGGAAAUGGAAGCGGUAUAAGCAUUAUACAUAGUGUAGUGGGUAAACACUUUAAGCGGUAUUUUUGGAACAACUCAGAUGAAGAAGAUUUUCCUUUUGAGGCUGAGGAAUUCAUUUAUGUACCGAAUGAAAAAAGACAUAAUACAAUACAUUUAAAAAAGGUAGCUGGAAGUGAAAGAGUUGAUAAUAAUUUCUUAAGUGUAUAUUCAGAGAAUGUAAAAUAUUUGAGACAGACAAAUAUAAAUUAUUCAUUACAUCAAAGAACAUUAUCUACAGAAUGUUAUGUAUACUUUAGGAGUUUUUUAAAAGAAGCUAUAUCACCGCAUAGCUUAACGAAAGCUAUAAAAAUUGACAAGGAAUAUAUUUAUCCGUGGGAUGUAAUAACUCAAGAUGAUGUAGAGAAGAUCAUUGAAAACGCACGUUUUUAUGGUUUUUUAUUUACAUGGUUUAAGAAUCAUAGGAAAGCACAAAAAGUGGAUAAAGUAAUUUUAAAAAAAGAUAUGCCUGUUUUAUCUCCUUGGUUUGUUCAAAGACCAGAUAUAUAUACACAUUUUUAUAAAAGGAAUGAACAGAAUGAACCAAAUUUUUAUGGUGUCCAUUAUACUUGGUUGGGUCAUGCAACAGGUUUAGUUGUAGUAGAUGGAUUCAAAAUAUUAGUUGAUCCUGUUUUUAAAAUUGAAUUGUUAAGUCUUAAAGGUAUAACUAGAUCUUUAAUAAAUUGGAUUAAUAUAAAAAUUAUGGGAGGACUAGGUGAAAGAAUAUCAAGAUCCCCAUGUAACAUAUCAAAUUUACCUGAUGAUUUACAUGCAGUAUUUGUUUCACAUAAUCAUAAUGAUCAUAUAAUGGAAGAAGAUGUACGAAUUUUAUGUAAAUUAAAAAAGUUUAAGCAUGUUAUGUGGUAUGUCCCUGAAGGAACAGCUAACUUUUUUCUUCAAGAGGGUUGUAAGGCAGCUAACAUUUUUGAAUUAUCAUGGGGGGAUGAAAGAUGGAUAUCUUGUUGGAUAUCGCAUAAGCAAUUUCAUUGUAAAGAUGGUAUAUGGAAAAGUAAAAAACAAGAACAAGAAAAAGAAGUUUUUAAAUAUAAAAUUAUUUAUGCACCUACAUUACAUUGGUCAGGAAGAGAAGAUAAUCAUAGUGAUCUUAAUCAAACUCUAUGGGGAUCAUUAAUAUUAAAAGGACCAAAACAUCGAUUUUAUUUUUCUGGUGAUACAGCAUAUUUAAAGGAAGAUUUUGAAGAAUUUAAAAAAAUUGGAAGGUUGCAUGGACCUUUUCAUUUAGCUGCUAUUGCAAUUGGAGCAUAUGAACCAAAUAAUACGUUAAAAUAUCAUCAUGUACAUCCAUGGGAGUCUGUAAAGAUAUGGAGAGAUAUAAGGGCUGAAACAGCUAUAGGUGUUCAUUGGGGAACUUUUCGCUUAUCAGCUGAAGAGUUUAUGCAACCAAGAGAUGAUUUAGAAGCUGCUUUGUUAGGUGUUGGUUUGUAUACCUUAAGAAAUUUUAAUUUACCCUUUGAAAGAAGAAAAAUGGAAAUUAUGAAAAAAUACUUUAUUAAAAGUGAUAGAGAAGAAGAAAAUGAUAAUGAAGAUGAUUUGGAAGAUUUAAAAGAAUAUUUUUAUCCUCCAAGUAAUGUAGAUUUACAUGAAUAUACGGAUAGUUUUCAUUCCCUUUUUUCAAAUAAUUUAAAUUUAUUUUAUAGUGACAUUGAUAAAAAUUAUGUUAAGCAUAUGUAUCAACAAAGGAAAUUAUACACAUCAACAUAUAAUCGAUAUAAGAGAGCUUUAAUUUUAAAAAAUUCCAAGAAAUUACCAAAAUGCUGGAAAAAGUUGCUAUUGAAUUUGUCUAUUCGAUUUCAAACAAUACCAAUUGGUGGUUCAAUUGAAGUAAUUUCCAAGGGAUAUUACAUAUCAAUGACCAGAUCAGCUGAACAUAGUUCUACAAUAUAUGAGCAUUACACUUUCCCUAAAUGGUAUAAAGACAAAGAGAAUGAGGAGACUCUCAACCAGCAGUCCUUUGCCUACGAGGACUUGAUGAAUUUUCACAUCGUCAAUUAG